AUGAGCCUUAUGAGCAGCUUGCUGCAGAUUCCAAAUCCGCUGUCAUCAUCCUCGGCAGCAUCAACGUUGACAUUAUCGCUGAAGUGCAACAGCUGCCCACCUGUCCCAGCCAAUGACAGUCGGAUCGAGCCCGGCGGCAAGGGUCUCAAUGAAGCCGUGGCCUCGGCUCGCUUGGGCGUCCAUACCUUUUUUGUGGGUCGCAUGGGUAAUGAUGAGCUCCGCCCUGUGGUAUACACCGCCAUCCAAGCCUGUGGUGGAUUCUUGAAGAGCUGUAUCACUGAGAUGGGAGCCGACGAAGAAGGCGACGAAGCUGGUCAUUACGAUACCGGCAAUGCUUUGAUCAUCAACUGCAAGGGCGGCCGAGGGGGCACAGCAGGCACCGAGGGCAAAUAUACCUGUUCCUACGCCGGAGUCAACCACAAGAUGACCAUGGACAAAGAGUUUGCUGGACUCAAAGCUGAGUUGGAGCGCUGUAAAGCUCAAGACAAGAACAUUGUUUUUCUAACACAGCUCGAGGCCAUGGCUCCGAGCGCUAGUGUCUCCCCCGAAGCCAACGUUGUACUUCAGGCCUGUCGCUUGGCACGCGAGAUGGACAUUCCCGUCUAUGUGAAAUAUGCUCCCUACCGUGAUGAUGGCAUCUGCUUGCUCGAGUAUGCUGAUACCGUCAUUCUGAACGAAUACGAGCUCAUGAGGAUGCGCAACGAACUUUGCAACCCACCAGACGAGUCCAAGUCGAACCCAGUGACCAACCUUGUGCGAGCUUUUGAAUAUGCUUGCGCAAUUGCGAAUCAGUCGCCACAACUUCGCCGCAUCGUGUUUGUUUCCGGCUUUGGCACCAUGAGUGUGGAGUUUGACUCGCUCAGCAAUGGCACGACUCAAGCUUCAAGUUCUUCCCGAUCGGUCGUGGAUCUGCAAGUCGUACCCUCUUUCAAGUCACGUCGUUUUGGUGGUGUUGUUGGCGCUGCCGAUGCUCUGACUGGUGGGCUUGUGGCUGGCAUGGCUGCCGGUCUCAGCAUGGUACAAAGCAUCAUUCAGGGCAAUGUGUGCGCCGCGAUUUGUAUCGAGGAUGCAGCAGCGCAGGCCGCCAUGCCAAAUAAGGAAGAAGUUCAAUCCUUCUUGCAUGAUACCAGCACACAACUGGAUCUUGACAUCAACGAUGACUUUCCGCUCGGUCCCAGCGAUGACCUGAGGCUCAAAACUUUGGAUAUCUCUUGGGCAAAGGCAGUGCUAUCAAACCAACAAGUGACGCACCUCGAACCAGCGCCUUGCAAUUAUCAACAUCUGUCAGAUCUGCACUUGAGUGUUUUCGCCGGUGCUUGGACCCGAGCCCGCUCCAUCGUCCGAGCCUACGCCAGCCUUGACCAUGAGUCGCUCUUGCAGCAGCUCAAGCAAAAGGAUCGAUAUGGACGGACUGUGCUAUCUUACGCACGCAAUGCAAAAGAUUCCGAAGCCGCUGAAAUUGCCGAUGCUCUGUGCUUUCUCCGACUACUCUAUGAGCACGCCGACUCAUCUGAACUAAAGGAUUUGGCCGAGUUUAAGCAUUUGACCGGGCGGAUUUUUAGUUCGCAGAAUCCCAAAAAGUCUCCUUUGGCCACAGCAGAUGCCCCCAAUGCUUUUGCCAACUCGGUUGCAGAGUCUAAAACCCCUUUGGUUCAAGUUUUAGUGGCUUACUGCUUCCAUUACUUUCAAAUGCGGAGCGAGCCUGGCACCCUCGACUUGGGGCGUUUUACAUGUGACGUCAUUGACACUGCUCUCUGUCAUCCCGAUGCCGAGGAAAAUGCCCCGCAUUUUUGCGAGAUUCUCUCUGGCACCGAUCGAGAGGACCAUUUCCUGUUUGGUGCCACCCAAGGAGCCUGUCACAAUAUCAUUGCCAACUGGAAUGGCUGGUGUGGCCGAGAUUGGGGCGCUCACUUACCAUCGGCUAGCGACAAGGAACUCGGGCGCGGGUCGCGGAGCCAGAUCAAGCCGUGUCCAUCAUUGUCGAUGCCCUUCGAGGCACAACUGCCCUUCACCAAGACAGGCACCCUGUGUCCUCCCCCGACAAUGCAGCUGACUCUCAAUGGACGCCACAACAACAAAAAAUUGUUCUAUCCAUUUCUCAGCUUCUGGGAAGCACUAGCAAGGAUGCUGACAGCAAAACGCCUGGUAGGACUUUCUGUGCAACAGAUGAUGUCGGUCAUGACCUGUUUGCUCAAGCUACUGAUUGCUGCAAAUCAAUCGCGACCUGGAGGUGAACAACUGAGUGCAAGCACGAGCAAAGGUGCAAAAGUCAUUGAAAAACUACGCAAAGCAGCACGACUCAAAGACGUCUUCAUCAGCUACAAGCACGAGUGUCACGACGACACAGUGAACGCGUAUGUCAUGCAGCGGAAAUGCCUUGAUUCCGAGGUCUCUCAUAGGUCUCUCCGUCAGUUGGAUAAGCUUGGCGUGAGCUUCUUUGUGGACCGCGAAAUUCAGGGAAGCGAGGACUGGCGCAAAGUUGUAACCUCACAGAUUUCGUAUUGCCACAUCUUUGUGGUACUUUUCUCGACGGGCUGGUCCAAAUCCCAGUACUGUCGUGCGGAAGCUGAAAAUGCUCGUAGCAAAAAGUUUAUGGUGUUUGUUUUAGACCCCGUGAACGAGCCUGUUGAUGAUGAGACACGCCUAAUUUUGCCGUCCGAGUAUCAGGAUUUUUCUUUUUCAGAGCAAAACAAUGAUGGUGGUGCUGCCAGCAUUGAAGCGUUUUGCAAAGAGGUGCUGACGGCCAGUCGUGAUGUCCACCCCUCUGCCAUUGCUGCUAGCAGGGCAAGCAAUGUGGAUCCCUUAUUCGCCGAAAGCAAGAUGCAUCGGCGUGAUGUUGUUGUCUUUUGCAAUCCGGAAGACGUCGAGAAUGUGAUCAUGCCUUUUGAUGCAUUUCUCCGGACCAAGGCCUCGCAUCUCCGGAACCGCUUGUGUUUCCGUCGAGUGUUUGACUCUAUGCCAGAAGGCGACGUGCAGUCAUAUGAAUUUGCUGUCUGGUUUGUCAACGAUAAUGCCAGCAAACUAGCAGAGUUGACCAAGAAACUCAACAUUCAGCACUAUGGCAUCGUCAACAUUGACAAGAAUAGUUCAAACAACAAAUCGCUGGAAUUUGUGACCAACACCGACCAGGUUCGCUUUGCUCACUUGCUUUUUUUUUUGGGGGGGGUGAUGUGUGUGUGUGUGUGUGUGUGUGUGUGUGUGUGUGUGUGUGUGUGUGUGUGUGUGUGUGUGUGUGUGUGUGUGUGUGUGUGUGUGUGUGUGAAGUCAGCUGUUUCGUGUUGA